AUGCCUUCUAAUGCUGGAACGGUCGAUCAGACCACCCCGGCGGUAGCGGAAGUCAGCUCUGCCGUGGUAGGAUCGAGAAAACCUAUUGGCCUCAAAAACCAGGGCACAACUGGAUGGCUCAACGUCAUCUUGCAGGUGUUUUACCACAUAAAAUUCUUGAGAAGGACCAUAUAUGAAGUCCCAACCGGAAUACAACACAACGCGAGUUUUAUAUGGGCCCUUCAGCGCCUCCUCUACUCCAUGCAAACGUCUACGGAAGCCGUAUCGACUAAGGAGCUUACAGACUCAUUGAACUGGGGACCGGCAGAUCUCGCGCCUCAAGAUGUUCAGAGAUGGCAAUCAACCUUCCACCAAGAGCUUGCGACGCGAAUGGAGAUGCUACCCAUCAGACACAUCUUGGAACAUGUGCUAGUCGGCCAGACAAUGUCAUGCGUAUCAUUCUCCCCUCAAGAGAAAAAUUCCUGGAGGUGGGAAAACUUUUGGGAAUUGCAGUUGAAUGUUCGUGGUUUUCGCUCGCUAGAGGAGAGCCUGCAGGACUACAUUCAGCCUUGGUACCCCGAGUCCGAAAAUGCAUCGAUCAAUACUGUGGUGAUGUUUGACAAGUUCCCGCCAGUCCUGAACCUGCACUUGAAACGGUUUGCGUAUGAUCCUGCUCUGAACAGCUUCAAGAAAGUCAAUGACUUUUUUGAAUAUCCCGAAGAGAUUGAUUUGGGUCCCUUUGUGGAAUCCACCGACCCUGCUUCUAAAUCAGAGUCAUGGAUAUACUGUCUAGUGAGCGUCGUCGUCCAUGAAGGCAAUUACAAAGGCGGCGUAUAUUAUGCAUAUGUACGACCUGAGAAAGAUGGAUGUUUCUUCAAAAUCCAUGAUGAAAUAGUCACGCCUGCGACAUUGCCAGAAGUUUUUCAAGCUGGAGCGGCUCAACUGAUGAUGGAAAUAUCGAUGGAUUUUCAGCCCUCUAGUAUCGGUCACCUGCCACGCCCAAUGUCAUCGCCCACAAACGCACAAGCCCGAAAACGGGCAUUCAGCGAGGUUGAAGACAACAACAUACCAAAGCCUGAAACACACAAACUGCAACGGAUUGGGAAUGGGGAGCAAGAGAACCAAGAUCCCUUACUCCAUGAUCACAAUAUGGACAUAGACAAGCCUACACCAUCGAUUCCGAACAUGGCCAUAAAUAAUACGACAGACAUACCUGUGUCUGGAAAACAACCUGCCCAAUCAGCCACGACUACGUCUACUCCUUCUACGAACACCCCUUCUGCUACGACUGUUCCUUUUGUCCCAUCAACUCCUCCCCGCCCGCAACCACAACCAUCUACUGCUCUUGGCGCCGACGCGAACCUUCUAAAUAAGAAGGUGAAAUUGUCACCAGCUACCAAAGAAGCUAGACGGAAAGAGAAAGAAGAGAAAGAUCGUCUAAGACUCGAGGAGAAGGCUAAAAAGGACGCUGAAAAGAAAGCAAGGGACGAAGAAAAGAAGAAAAAGGAAGUAGAGAAAGAAGAGGAGAGGAAGAAACGAGAGGCGGAGCGCGAGGAAAAGAAAAAGCAGAAAGAAGAAGAAAAGCAUGCGAAGGAAGAGGAGAAGCGGAAAAAAGAGGAGGAAAAAGAGAAGAAGGAACGAUCACAAAUGAGACUCAAUGCUUUUUUUGCAAAGCCAGCUACCACCGUUACAAAAGCAUCCAGUCCAGUGCCCUUGUCUCCUCUGAAGGAGGCUGUUCGAGAAAUAGCGAAGCUAGAAUCACCGUCAAAACCACAGAACACGCAGUCCGACUACCGAAAAGAGUUUCCCGUCUUCUACCUCCAGAGCCAUACACAUCUAUCUCCGCCCCAUCAGUUCCAGCGCGAUGAUGAGGCUUUGAACCAUAUCCAGAAGAAGCUAGAUGGUUACUUAGCGAAACCAGUUGCGCUUCCAGCCUAUCGUGGUUCGGAAUUAUUCAAUAUGAUCUCAUUUCGACGCCGGAGUGGUCUGAAAGUCGUCCCAGUGAAGACAACUUUAGCCAGGGCUCAAAAUGCGGAAGUCUCCACCUCGAGUACGGCAUUGAGAGAUGAGUUGAAGAAAGUGACAAUGAAAAGUCUGCGAUUCGGAGAAGACGUACGACCACCGUAUUACGGUACAUUCACUAAAGAACUAUCGAAGACCCAAGCUCACAAGGUCUGCCGUGCUCCAUAUGCUCGUGUCCUACCAGAAAUCAACUAUGACUAUGAUUCCGAAGCUGAGUGGGAGGAGCCGGAGGAGGGCGAAGACCUAGAUUCGGAAGGCGAAGACGAUGCGAGCGAGGACGGCGAUGAUGAUAUGGAUGAAUUUCUUGACGACGAAGAUGAACAGAUGGACAGCAGAAGACGUCUCAUCGUCGGCGACCAGGAACCUAUUUGCACAGGAAUCAGAUGGGAAGAUGGUAAAGAUCUUGACCCAGACAUGGAGGUCUAUCGGAUGGAGGUUCUCUCAGAUACAGUACAAUUUCCUGUAGAUCCCUUUUCUACGGCUUACUGGCCAAAGCCAAAGGCAGUGGAACAAGCCGCACCCAAAGCGUCUUCAUCACUACCUCCAGUCCGAGCUACGCUUCACGCCUUUGGUGUUACUCCGUCAACAUCGACGCAUACGCCAUCCCCUCUUGCACCGCCUCCCCGUCCUGUCACUACAGACAACAAAACCACGUCAAAAGCGAAGAAGCCUUUCCCGCCCGAACAUAUGGACGAAUUCAAACAGACAGUUGAGGGCUGUGACCUGAGCAAGGCUGGUUUGAUCGAGGUGCUCAAGAAGCGCUUUCCCAAGGUCUCCAAGGAUACCCUCAAAGAUACCGUCAAUGCGGUAGCCGUUCGCCAACUAAUUGGCUUGUCGCUCGCCGCGGGCAUUGCGCACCCUCGAGUAUCGUCUCGGGAACGGCGCCAGGAGGUCGCCCAUGGCAAGAUGAUCGAUGCCCAACAUGCCUAUUCCCCACCGGGUCUGGAGUUUACCAUUCCUCUACCUCCGUCUCCCGUGGCUUCUCCAAUAGAAUGUUCUUCCUCAUUUGAACAAAAUGAGGCAGAAUGCUCUUCUUCAAAGGUACCACUUGCGCCUGCCAUGCGCGUUUCCACUCUCACUGGCGAACCUUUCCCGGUGCCAAUGCCAGAACCAACGGCUGUUGAUGUAAGUGAGUCUGGCCCCAAGAUACCGGUGGUGAACCCGGAACCAUGCACCACCCCGGAACCAAGGGACGAGCUUCCAUCCACUACGACGUCGCCGGACUCGACAAUUCAAAUUCCAUUGUCCGUGGCCUCCGAGAGCACGGUCUCUUUCGAUCAAUUCGCGACCCAAUACCGACGCUGCCAGCAAGCGGAGAUUGAGAAACAGGUCUUGGAAAACCGGUUGAUUUCCACCAAAAUUUCGAUAUGUUUGUCUUCCCGGCUUUUGAGAACUGGAGCGACUGUGCAGCGCGGACUUGUUGAUGCUUUCAAACAUGGAGAUAAGACUGGUUUUGUUUCCAUGUACAACACCAUCCAUGAUAUCCAGGAGGCUUGUGAACUUGGCUCCAAUCGUUCCGUCAACCGGCAACAAUCGUUUUCGGAGGAGCCUUCAAUUUCUCUCCACUCGCCUCGGAUCCGUACUGCCAGUUUUAUGCAUCAGCUUAGUUCUCAAAGUAGGAGGGAUCUUCUGGAUAUUCUAACCCAAGUCCGGACAAACUCUCAGUUUCUGGUUGACUGUAUUUCUGGCUUGCUUCCUUCGCAGCUUACUUCACUCACUACCCCGGUGGGUUUUUCUGCCUAUGGAGAUACCCUUUCGUCCCAUUCCACAGCUCGGUCUCGCAAUUCCGCCACGUUUGCGAAACGCGCUACUCCCAACUCUAUACCCUUCAAAGAACAUGCCUGGGCUCUUGAGCGAUCCGAUCCACUUUCCGCGCUUCUUUUCAAUGUGUUUGCUAUUCCCCUGGACUGGCAGCCCGAGGAAUCAGAAUUACGCCUGGAUGUUUGGUCUUCCACUUGCGCGAAGCUGCUAUCGUCCGGAGAUAACAAAUACUUGAAUUUCGUUGGUCAGGUGCUAUCCUACUGGUCAACAGCCAGCGAUUGGCGAGCCCGCCAAAAGAUUGAACUUUACCUCAUGGACGUUUUGCAGAAAGGUGCAUUCCUCCUGGAGAAUAUUGAAAGCCCGGUUGCCCAUUCCCUCGGAGUUGAGCCCCCGGAUCCAUUGAGGACAGAUGCUGCUGAGGAGUUCUUUGAAUCCGCCGUCCAAACCUUGUUUGAGGUUCUUGAUGAUGUGGAUGCUGGUCUUCCAUCUGCCGCCCUAGAAUUUUGCAAUGCUGUUUUGAAUAAACUGGCCGAUGCCGAGACCCGGGAUCGCUUUUUGGAAUUCAUUUUCGUUCAGUGGUUUUUUUCUAGAUAUCUUUACUACGCUUUGACUUUUCCAGAGGGCCAGGGUUUACUGCUCGACUUUCACAUUAGCAAAGAAGCUCGAGAGAAGCUUUUGAGUCAAAUAGCUUUGCGCGCCCAGUCCCAGUUCUAUCGCGUCCUACAUUCAAUACCAGAGUUUUCCACCGUUAAUACACAGGUGAGACGGCAUAUCGACAGCAUGAUCAAGAGAUGUCUGUACUCGUCCAACCCAGCGCCGGUCGUUGGGCCCAAUAAUCCAAAUGAGCAAGCUGAUGGGCUCGACAAUUCUUCCAGCUUCCUAAUGCUGUGUGCCGCAGAUGUCGUUACUCUGUUGAAUGUCCUGUUUCCCAGAACCGCCAGCAGUCCCUCCAACUCUCUGUCGUCCAACUCCACCCAUCCAGGUCUAAGUUAUACACAAAAUAGUACUCCGCGACGGGCAGCUCUUCCCGCUCACUGGUCUGGUAGGAUUGAGACAGUCCUUGAACGGCCAAGCCCACUGGAAUCUAUUAAACAGGAACACACACGAAAGUCUCGUUACCAUCAGUGCGCAGAUGUCAUCCGCUUCGAAUUAUCUGAUCUUGGCGAAUCAGAAGCUCAUCCAGUUUUGGACCAUCCAUCCUCUGAAGACUGGACUUUAUUGGCAGUUUCUGCAGACCGGAAGUCCCUAUCUUGGAAUACCCCUACUGGAAACUACUCUGAUGGAAUCUUUGAAGGGCUUUCUGAUAGUGGGGAACGAUCUGGAACGGUACAGCUUGAGGAAGACCACGAAGCACUCCACACUGCUAUUCAGAGAUUAGUGAACGAAUCGGAGACUCUUAGCCGAUCUAAGAGCUCACGAACUUCCCUCCUCCGUCAAAGUCGAUCCUCGUCAUUGAAAGAAAGAUUUGAUGCCGUGCGAUCAGUAUGUGAAAGUCGCUCAGAUUUUCUGGGCGCUCACUACUGGUGGGCUGCGUCAAAUCAGCUGUUGCAAAAGCUCUCCAAAUCGGCCAAGUCGCCGCGCAACGACUCUUGGAUUUUGGGUCCUAUGCUUCAGUCAUCACACGACUCUUUUACUAAAUGCAACGCAAUAAUCCAUGAAUGCGAGGAGAGUCUUUUCACUUUGAGUCCCCUAGUCGACCAACUAAGGGACCUUAGCAGGAACAGUAUUGCCGGUAUGACCCAGCUGAGAAAUAAAAUGUGGUACAUGACCGAUGUGAAACACUCGAUGCGCUAUGAAGAUGCAAAGCACGUGGCUCUUGCGCUGAAGACGAUGGUGUACCCAAAUCUGCAUCGAGACAACACAAAUGAGUAUCGCUCUCGCAACGGAUCCAGGUAUCUUGGCGGGUCCUUCUUGCAAAAACCAGAAAUGCACGUCAUGAAUGUGAUGAAAGCAUCGACAAGUCAAGGUGGUCCUAACAAGCUGAGCGACGAGCAGGUGGAACUUACGCGGAAGUGGAUCUCUCAUCAUGGUAUUGACAAUUUCUGCCGCGGCGAAGAGCGAAUUCAUCGCUUCUGCUAUGAAGUCAAAUCAAGUAUCAACAAGCUCGUUGGUGACUCAAUGGCGGAGACACCAGUUCUCUGGGCAAGCGAAUUAUUUCAGAGAGAGCGCGCGAAAUUCGAAGGCCCCAGCAAUCGAAGCUACUCACAUAUCCCGCUAACACCAGGAGCUCGACCGUCCAGUAUCAGCAGUGAGGAAGCACUUUCUGGCAUGCCUUACUCCAGCUUGAGUUUCCGCGGCGCAGACUCCUUACGCCCAACCGACCAGCCGUCAUUAAUAAACCAGAGUCUAUCAUCGGAAAAGUGGAAGUACACGCGUAAGUUUGAAGUGGAUACUUUAUCGUCGUCCGGAGGCUCAAGCGGCAGAGCCGCAUCCAGCUCCACAACUGAAUCUUAUACCACGUUUUGGUCACCAUCACAAACACAGGCACAGUCUGCAGCUAGCGCUUCCAGCUUCCAGUCUCGCCCUCCAUCAAUGUUGAGCGAUGCGCCGGCACCUCGUCGCACGGAGCGGACUGUACACGGCAAAACAGCUUUCUUGGAUGAUCUUCGACAAACGCUGACCAGUCUUUUACUCAGUGAUUUGGGAUCUCCUGUGUGGAGCUGCGGAAGCGAGACGGACGCAUGGUUUAUUGGCUUUCUCAAUCAGACUCGGGUACAAAGGCAGAUGGAUAAGCAAGCCCGAAUUCAGAAGUUCCUGGCCGAGUCUGAGAGGUCAAUACACCAACGCCUCGGACGAUCGAGACAUGGUGAAUAUCAUAUGUCUCAUCGGAGAAGUUCAUCGGCCGAUCCAAUUUUGAUGAGCGUGCAUGAUUCUCACAAAGCUACCGCUGAGGGACCGUUUAGCAAUGCGUUGGGCGUACCACCAACGAAUGAGUCCGCCUUCAGUUACAAAUCUGCAUUCUCUCAGCUUUUAGAUGUGUUUUCGCGCAAUGCCAACCCUUAUGUGAAACUCGGGGCCCUGAGGGACUUGAGAGCAUUGAUAGUGGCCUCUCUUGACAGGGAUGGGGAUGAAUCCCCAACACCGACGCAGAAUUUUAUCAAUUCCCAAGGCAUGGGAGCUACACAGAAAUUGAGACUAAACCGUCAUAGCUUUACUGAAGAGCGUUCACGGCUAGACGACUCUUUCCAAACGCCUACUUCACCAGCACCAGAGUCUGUUGACUUUGAUUCUCACCCGUCAUAUGAUUUAUUGAACACAUCUGAAAGCCGUAUAAUCACGGCCAUAAAGAAUAUCUUGCGAGAGCUGCAACCCAAGACUUUGUUCCGUGAUCUUCAAUUUGUUUCGGCAUUUGUCCCAAGUGAGACAUUAAACAAGACAGAUAGCGGAACAGCGUUCUUACAAUUCGGACUUGCAGCCUUGUCACUCAAGGAAGAUGUCUGUGCCAGCAUGGUCGAGCUAGCCGACAGGAUAGUAUCCCAAGAACUGAAUCGGCGUCACUCGCAGCAGGACUUUGACUUCAUUUCUCGGGCGCAAGAUCCCAUUGAGGAUGCGGCCAGAAUGUGGAUCAUCACAGCCAAGGAAGGCUAUCCCGUUGCACAACGUGAACUUGCGAUUUUGUAUCUCACACAUCCCGAGAUACUUCCGCGAGUGACUUUACCCCUGACCCUGCCACGGGACACUUUCAAGGCGGAGAUGAUGUAUCGUCGCGAUAGGGACUCCAAGUUCGAUCCACAAAGCAUGUGUCUGGCGCUGCACUGGAUGCAGCUGUCAGCCAGCGGCGGAGAUGAAUUGGCCAGGAAUCGUCUUCGCGAACGCGAAGAGUUCGAAUCUCUUGUUUGA